AAAUUAUUUUCUCCAAUUAAGAAAGUUCAGUCUGUGCAAAUAGCUAUGUUAGUAUUUUAAUGUCGAACACUGUGAUAGUUAUGUAAGCUCAAUAAAGUCCUCAAUUACGAUCAGAAGUCUGUUCAAGAGGCAUUUAUGAUCAGAAGUCUGCAUCUCUCAUUUCCCAUGGCAAGAUGUAGCUGCAAUCACCCAUUCACCCCAUGUGUAUCUCCUAUCUUUUCCGGUGGUCAUUUUCUUUAUUUAAACUUUCAACCCCCUUGAAAAAUAUAAUUCCCCAAAGCUAUGCCUCCAGAUUACUCUCAAUGUGAACCAUUAUUUCACCUUAUGCAUCCAGUCUACCUGGUUGGCUUAAUUGUUUAAAGGGUGGAGUGAUAUUUUUUCUUUUUUUCUUUCUCAAAGCUAGAGUGGAUCAUAUGUUGGGAUUAUUUCAUUUUUGAGAAGUGCAUGAUUGUUGUGAAGAAUGUGACCGAGAUGGGUGCUGAGUACAGCCAGUACUCAGUGAUAUAAUUGUUGUGAGAUGGGUUCUUGUUGAAAUUUCAUGUUCUAUGCAGUUGGAAUUUUGGUUUUUAUAUUUUGAAGGGGAGGUAGGGAGUUUGGAUUGGCUUUUGGCUUAUAGGAUGAUAUUGGAUGUGGUUGUGUAAUGUGGACAGGAGGAGGCAGUGGCUAGUGGUGUUUGAUUUGGUGGAGGUGGUUUUGCUGAUCAGUUGUGGUAGAAGUUGGGAAAAUUUUGAAAAUGAGUUCAGUCAGCCGCAGCCGAAGUAGGAGCCGGAGCAGGAGCCCAAUGGACAGAAGUAGGAGCAGGAGCCCAGUGGACCGUAGGAUUCGCUCUGAGCGAUUUUCCCAUCGCGAAGCACCUUACAGGAGAGAUUCACGUCGGGGUUUCAGCCAAGACAAUUUAUGCAAGAAUUGCAAGAGGCCUGGUCAUUAUGUUAGAGAAUGCCCAAACGUUGCAGUUUGCCACAAUUGUAGCCUCCCUGGGCACAUUGCUUCAGAAUGCUCCACAAAAUCGCUGUGCUGGAAUUGUAAAGAACCUGGCCACAUGGCGAGCAGUUGUCCAAACGAGGGCAUUUGCCACACCUGUGGUAAAGCUGGACACCGUGCUAGGGAGUGCACAGUUCCUCAAAAGCCUCCAGGGGACUUAAGAUUGUGCAACAACUGUUAUAAGCAGGGCCAUAUUGCUGUUGAAUGUACCAAUGAGAAGGCUUGCAAUAACUGUAGGAAAACAGGGCACUUGGCUCGUGAUUGUCCAAAUGAUCCCAUUUGCAACUUGUGCAAUAUUUCUGGACAUGUGGCUAGGCAGUGUCCAAAAUCCAACGUUAUUGGAGACCGCGGUGGUGGAGGCAGCCUUCGUGGUGGUUACCGAGAUGGUGGUUUUCGAGAUGUUGUGUGCAGGAGCUGUCAGCAAUUUGGUCAUAUGAGCCGUGAUUGCAUGGGUGGCCCGUUAAUGAUUUGCCAAAACUGUGGAGGCCGUGGUCACCAGGCAUAUGAAUGCCCUUCAGGUCGUUUUGUGGAUCGCUACCCUAGUAGGAGAUACUGAUGGAAUGCGAAUUCUGGUUAUGGUUGUAUUCUAUAAGUUUCUCCAAGGAUAGAUUGACGAGUCUUGAUAAUGUGUGCGUUUUGGCUUAAUUUUUUUUUGUACUUUGGUAUAGAGACGUGUCUAUUGGCCGCAUUGAUGAUUUUUCUUGUUUUAGGAAUAAAGUGUUCGCUACCUGCAAGAGGCGUGUUAUAUUAUUGUAUUGUAUGCAUUUUGCUACCUAAUUAUUAAGGCUGUAGUUGACAUAAUAUCGUGUAAUCUUUGUACUUCACUCAUUCUAUCUAA